AUGUGAAUAAUACGUGGUGAGUUUUGUACGCUAGUUUGAAUAUAUGUGGUGAAGUGUGUGCGUUGAUUCCAGUAUAGGCGGCGAAAAGUGUGUGUGACAAAUUAAGUGUACUGUAUAUGUUGCUGGGUUGAUGGUUCAAUCGCCAUAUCUAUUUACUUAAUAAAAAAACGUUAAUAAAAAUCUCAGACAGCAGAAAGAAGCGAAUCUAUUAUAAAAAAAAGUGGAAAUGAUAAAACAAAGCCAAAAAACACGAUAACAGACUAAACCACUGCAAACACAAACUCAACUCUCGACACGCAAACAAAACUAAACCACCGUGCGCGCACUACUCUACAUCACACCAAAAACGUACCAUCAUAUCACAAUUCAGUCAUCGCCAAAAUCGCUAAUAUAAGAUCCAACAAACAAAGGUACAUGAGCACAACUAUGCCAAGGUCGACUGUAUGCAAAACAUCGCUCGUCAAAUCAACACAUUACAUCACAGUAUAACUGAGCAUUUUCGUGCGUUUAGUUUUACUCCGUUUGCUUCUUCUCGUUGUAUUUUCCACAGUUGUUCUCAUUGUCAUUAUUGUUAAGAUAUAAGCCACGUUGUGUGCUGAAUAUUUGUGGUAUGUUACAGAUUUAUGAUUUCCAGUUGUGUGAUCUAUGUUAUAUGAAUGUGUGGUGUGGUGCAUGCCAAUACGGUAUGUUAUAUAACUACUUAGUUCCAUGGUGCAGUUUAUAAGUUUGUUGCUAUUUUCACUUGGCAGAAAUGUCUGGGGCAAGGAAAAGAAAGUAUUCAGAUGAAUAUAUCAAGUAUGGCUUCACUGUUAUAGAGAGGAAUGGAUUUCAUCUCCCUCAGUGUGUCAUAUGCCAUACAGUCCUCAGCAAUGACGCCUUAAGACCUGGUCGUCUGGAGCGACAUUUGAGCACAAACCACAAAGCAUUAAAAGAAAAGCCAAAGGAGUUCUUCACAGCCAAACUGCAUGAGCUGAAUCGUAUGAAGCUGGACUCAAGCAGUGUUUUUCAUCAAGAAACGUGGAAACUGGUGGAAGCAUCUUACGAGCUGUCACUACUUAUGGCAAAAGCAAAGAAGCCUCACUCUGUGGGGGAGACCCUUGUAAAACCCUGCCUUUUGAGUGCUGCAAAUACUGUGCUUGGGGAAGAAAGCCAAAGAAAGUUAUCAAAGAUUUCCUUAUCAGAUAACACAGCGAAGCGUCGCAUUGACGAACUUUCAGAAGACAUAAAAGAACAAGUUUUGGACAAAAUAAAAGCAUCUCGCUUCUUUGCAAUACAGUGCGAUGAAAGUACUGAUGUUGCUCACCUCUGCCAGCUGCUUGUUUAUUCUCGAUUCGUGGAUGAAGGAACUGUGAAAGAAGAAAUUCUUUUCUCAGCAGCACUGGAGACAACAGCAAAGGCCAUUGAUGUUUUUUCAAAAGUUGAUGAGUUUUUCCAAGAGCACGGUCUUUCAUGGGAAAAAUUAGUCGGUGUUUGUACUGAUGGUGCCCCAUCAAUGAUUGGAUCUCGCUCUGGAUUUGUGAAGUUGGUGAAAGAAAAAAAUCCUGCUGUAACUGGGACUCACUGUGUUAUCCACAGACAAUCAUUAGCAAGCAAAACUCUGCCUGGUAAUCUACGCAGUUCACUGAAUUUGGCAAUAAAAGUGGUGAAUUUUGUAAAGAAUAGCUCUUUGAAUUCUAGGCUUUUCGCAGCUCUUUGCUCAGAUUUGGGCACUGAUUAUAAGACUCUCCUGUUUCACACCGAAGUCAGCUGGCUUUCCAAGGGAAACAUGCUGAGUCGUCUUUACGAGCUCAAAGAUGAAGUGGAAAUUUUCUUGCAGAAGCAGAAACAAGACAAACUGUAUGAAGCAUUCAGAGAGGAAGACUUUCAGCUCUCACUAGCAUACCUUGUGGACUUUUUUGAGGCCAUCAACAACCUCAAUUUGAAGUUACAAGGAAGAAACACAAACAUCAUUGCACACUCUGAUGUGAUCAGAGCUUUCACCGAAAAAAUUCAUCUUUGGAAACGAAAAGUACAAGUUGGGAACUUUUCAUCGUUCUCACAUCUGAAUGAGCUCUUAUCUGAGAAGAGAAACAUUGAGCAGUAUGACAUGACAAAAGAGGUUUUAUCACAUCUGCAUUCCCUUGCUGAGGAAUUUAUGCACUAUUUUCCAGAUGUCUCAAUGGAGAAUUCUCUUUGAACAUUGGUGCAGAAUCCAUUUAACACUGAUGUGGAGUUGUUACUGGAAUCACUGCAAGAGGAAGCC